GCGCGCGAACUGCUAUUUUCAAUGCUUGCUCACAUGUAGCCACACAGUCUUUAAUCUCCCGCCGAUGGGGCGCAACGUUUUUCGUGGCCAGUGAGCGGUAGUUGUUUAACAUUGAAAAUAGUUUCGAAACAUUGAAAAUGACAACACAAAUAAAAUAAAGAUAAAGGAAAAACAAGAAAUCUCAUGCCCACAACCCAUCCAACACGUGGUUUUUAAGAUUUUUUUUUAAAAAAAUAGUGCUAAUAAAAGUGCCUCUAAUAUCCACCAAAGUGCCAUAACUGCUGAAGACGUCUAAAGGUGAGAUGAUAAGACGUGUCCUUACAUACAGCGUCAUAGGCGCCAGUGCCAUUGGAACGGGUUUAAGUUUACACACCAAUGAUUAUGACGUCAAUGCUUUGGGUAUAGUUCGUCUGGGACGUUCGGCGGUAGCUGUGGUCGAUGUUGCCCUCACAUACAAACGAGAGCUCUACUAUAGGGAAUGGGAUAAAUCUUCAGCGGAAUAUAAGGCGGAGAAAAGUCGAGUCCAUACAUUGGCAGCAGAACGCCUACUGCAGCUGAUAUGUGUUAACAAAGGCGUGUACAUUAAGGUGGGUCAACAUAUUGGAGCUUUGGAUUAUCUGCUGCCCAAGGAGUUUGUGCAAACCAUGAGAGUUUUGCACUCAAAUGCUCCCCAGAAUCCCAUUGAAGAUCUGCACAAAGUGAUAAAGCAAGACUUGAAGAAAAAUGUUGAUGAUAUUUUCGACAAUUUCGAAAGGGAACCGCUGGGCACGGCCUCAUUGGCCCAGGUGCAUAAGGCCACCUUGAAAACCGGCGAAGUGGUGGCCGUCAAAGUACAACAUCCCUAUGUAAAGGGAAACUCUCGUGUGGAUAUGGCCACCAUGGAAGUGGCCGUCAAGGUCUUAGCCUUUAUAUUUCCCGAUUUCAAAAUUCAAUGGCUGGUGGAGGAAUCGAAAAAGAAUUUACCCAUCGAAUUGGAUUUCCUUAACGAGGGUAAGAAUGCCGAGAAGGUGCAGCAGCAAUUCAAAAAGUACAAAUGGCUGAAAGUUCCACGUAUAUACUGGGAUUAUUGUUCGUCGCGGGUAUUGGUUAUGGAAUAUUUGGAAGGCGGUCAGGUCAAUGACUUGGAAUACAUAAGGAGGAAUAAAAUCGAUCCAUUUUCCAUAUCGAAUAAAAUUGGCCAACUGUAUUCGGAAAUGAUAUUCAACACCGGCUUUGUGCACAGUGAUCCCCAUCCGGGUAAUAUAUUGGUACGCAAACAACCUGGCAAAGGUGUUGAAAUUAUUCUACUCGACCAUGGACUUUAUGCCAAUUUAACUGAUAAGUUUCGUUACAACUAUUCCAAACUGUGGAUGAGUAUUUUGAAUGUGGAUCGUACUGCCAUGCGAACAUAUGCCCAAAAUCUGGGAAUUCGAGGUGAUCUUUAUGGUCUGUUUGCUUGCAUGGUCACAGGGAGACCCUGGGAUACUCUAGUGAAAGGAGUCAAUAAAGUGAAAUACACCACGGAUGAGAAAGACACUCUACAAAACAACACCUCACUCGUACUACCUCACAUUUCAGAUGUUCUGGAACAAGUCGAUCGUCAGAUGCUGUUGAUUUUGAAAACCAACGAUUUAAUACGUGGCAUUGAGUCCACAUUGGGCACCCAAAAUCGCAUGACUGCCUUUUGGGUCAUGUCCAAGUGCUGCCUACUAUCAUCGUUUGGGGAAGAGAAAUCUUUGGCAAGAACUAAGUCAAAGCGCCUGGGUCUCCAACUGCGCGAAAAAUGGGAAAUAUUUAAACUAAAUUUGUACUAUUUAUAUUUGGGCUUAAUCAAUUUCGGUUUUAUGGCCGCCGUCAAAGAGUUACUUUGACAUUAAACGAAUUAAUUAGGAAAAUAAGUUGUAGCACAAAUGAAAAUGUCAUAGCUUUUUAAUAAAGUAAAUUUUUCUUAGAUACCUAUUUA